UUCUUAGAAGAAGUGUGGAAUAGUGUGUAUGUUGACAAUUUCGGAAAGCAACAAGCAAAAGAUGUGAUUUCGUGUAAAUUCUAAAUGAAAAGUGCGUGGAAACGCGACGAUGUAUUUAAAUUUUUUCAAGUGAAAGUUGAGCGGCUUGAAUUGGCGGUUUUUUGUGUCGUUUUUGAAAAGUUCUUUGGAAUUUGUUGUGCAAAUUCUGGAAGAUAACUGACAAUGUCAUCAUACUCGCAAAGCUAUAGGACUGCAAACGACAAUGGGUACAUCUGGGACGGCAGUAUGUGUAAUUGCUGCCCUUAUGGCUACCACAUCGAUUUGGACUUCGUCCGCUACUGCGAAACAAUCAGCCAAGAGGCUGACAGAACGGGAUCGAUCAAACGACGAAAAGAUCGACGACGACAACGACAAUCGAUGGAAGUUUUGUUGGGAAUUACGCCCCCGGUUCUGGCCGCUUUAGAGCAAAGUUAUAAAACGAUUCAAGAACAGGAAACUCCGAAAAUAAGCCAGACUAGCAGCCAGAUUCCCGUAAGUCAAGAUGCGUUUGAUGAUGCCAUCUCGGAUUUUGAAAGGACUUUGCAACGUUCCAAAAACAAAUUGUACAAUAAUUUACCAGAUGUUACAGCCGUUUCAGAAACCAUCAAAAGGGUGCCAUCGAAUUCUUCGAUGUCCUCGGUCUCCGGUUCGAGUAUGACUGUGCUGCCAGAAACAACAAAUCGCGAUUUCGAUACGGUCAGUAUAGAGUCAUGCGGCUUGAGCCCUUUGGCCCUACAAAGCAUAAGGGAACAGAUGGCCAUCAGCUUAGAAAGAACCAAACAGCUUGAAGACCAAGUCAAACUUAUACCACAACUCAAGGAGCAAUUAUCCUCGUUAAGGGAGGAAAACCGCCGUCUGCACCUCCAACUAAAAUCCGAUGAAACGCAAAAAUACAACACAAUAAACGCAAAUUAUCUCCGGCAAUCCCCCCAGAACAAUCGAUUGAAAUCGCAAUCGUUUACCAACAUUGACACCCUCGACUCAAAGGAGGCGCCUCCACCCCCGCCCCGAAAAGACUUCGGGGUGAAUUGUGGCGUCCUGACCCGAAAUAUCGGCGUCGGCCACCAAAACCCCAACACUAAAAACGUCUCGACGGCAACUCUGGACGACCUCACAGUGGAUAAAUGGUUCAACGAGAAAAUCAAAUUCAUGAACAGUCAAAAUUUAUCCAAAAACAUCUCGCGAUCGUCCCAAACUCUUCUCAAAGAAAUCCGAGGUGUCGCUAGUCAAACAACCGAAAAACCAACCAUCGAGACACACACACAAACCCCCGAAACCAAGAAGUAUUACUCGCACGCUAGCGUGUCGGCAGUCCCGAAAAAUCGCGAUUUUAGCGUGCAAAAAACCGUGGAAGUUUACAACAUCGGGACGUCUGACGACACGAUCAGUGAUAUAAUUUGCGAAAAAUGCAGCGUUUGUAAAUGCAGUGUGGGGGUGGGGCCGGACAGCAGCGAAGACAAGCACACGAGCCCCGUCUCGCUGGCGUCCCUAAUGGGGCCCAGGAGCAAGUCGUUCAAUUUGGGCGAAGCCCCGCUGAAUUUCAGCUCGAGGAAUCGGACAGUGGCGUGCCAGUACGAAAGCUUCGGGGUCUCUAAAGCCUCACAGUACGAAGCUACGGGGGUUGGGAAGGCCUGCCAGUGCGAAGUGAAAACGCACUCAAAAGCGUGCCAACACGAAGCCAAACAACUCCACAAGAACACGCAGUAUGAAAGCAAUUCCGUCUCGAAAGACACCGAUACCAAAGAUCUGAUCGCUGCUUGCGAAGCCAAAGAACGCAAGAAAUUGGCCGACAAAGGGUCCAACACUUGCGAUGAUAAAACAGUAUGUGCGAAGUGUACAAAUAGGGAGAAGGACGAAGUCGGUAAGAAGGAUACGAGUUUUAUGUCGAAAAUUCCAAGGCCCCAGAUACCGACCACUCCGGUGGAAAAUAGGAAGUUUAGAAGACAGGACACUUACACGAAGAUUUAUUCAUCGCCAGGGUCACCGACUCAAGGAUUAUCAGGACUCGACUUGUCCGGAAAAUCCCCAUCGAACGAACUCUCAAAUCCCAUUGAUAAACUCACCCACAAUUUCAAAUUAGGGGAAAAAUCUCAUGCUCAAAAUGGCGUUGCCGCCCCCACAAAAGUGCAAAUCCAAGAAUCAACACUGCCACUACCCGAAACGGCGCUAUUCAACCCUGCUAGUGCUCAACAACACAGGAAAAAAGCGGUGCCAAGCAAAGGAAUGCAAGGUGCGAUGAAGGUCCUGAACGACUCCCUCCAAAAAAGUCAAACGAAAAAUCCCAAAAACCACAACGCGGUUAAUAUCGUCCAGAAAGAGUGGUUCCAGAUAUCAAGCUUGUAUACGGCGAAUCCCCUAGAUGUCGAGGACUAUUUAGACGCUUUUGAAGAAGUCUCUUCGGUUUUGCUCCAAUAUAUUGUUAAUAUGACUGAUGAAAGUGGCAACACUGCGAUGCAUUACGCAGUAUCGCACGGGAAUUUCGACGUUGUGUCCAUUCUACUUGACUCAAAAGUUUGUGAUAUUAAUAAACCCAACAAGGCUGGCUACACGAGCGUCAUGCUGGUAUCACUGGCCGAGGUCAGGUCACAGACGCACGCCAACGUCGUACGAAGGCUAUUCCAGCUCGCUGACGUCAACAUACGCGCAAAACAGCACGGGCAGACGGCCUUAAUGUUGGCGGUGAGUCAUGGCCGGCUCGAUAUGGUGAAAAUGUUGCUCGAAGCAGGCGCUGAUAUUAACAUCCAAGACGAGGAUGGCAGCACUGCUCUGAUGUGCGCAGCCGAGCACGGCCAUGUUGAAAUAGUGAAACACUUUUUGAACCAAUCAGAUUGCGACUCCAGUAUUACCGAUAUCGAUGGUAGCACUGCGCUCAAAAUUGCAAUGGAGGCUGGACACAGACAUAUCGGAGUUUUGCUCUACGCUCAUCAGAGAAACCUCCAAAUGAUACACGGGAAAAAGAAAUCGAAACCGGCAAGCCCCAAAACCCCGUCUUCGCCCUUGCCUAUACGGAGCAGUCAUCGUGCCUUAACCGAUACUAAAACUACUAAGUAGUGUAACUUGUUAUUAAAUGUUUUAAUAGUUGUUAAAGGUGUGUCAUAACUAGUUUUAUCUGGUAGACGAAUAAUGUUUGUUGUAGUUGCGUAGGGACCAAUUACCCGAUCACUAAUUUAAUUAAUUACAUUCCAGUUUUUUAAUUUAAUUCUUUUGUAUUAUAUUUGUAUAUUUGUAAUUAAUAGACUCACCUCUAAUAAACAUAACUGCGUUUUGA